AUGUUUGCGGCCCGCGCCAGGUCGCCAGCGAGCGAUGCCGCCCACCUGGCAUUAGCGCCGCUCCCGCAUGCUACUGCGAGGGCCACCCAGACGUCGCCCUACCCACUUGGUGCUGUUGGGGGCGGCUCGCCUCACCCGUUCGUGGCCUACCCCAGGUCGCAGGCGAGCGAUGCCACCCACCUCGCGUCGGCGCCGCCCCCACAUGCUGCUGUGGGGGCCACGCAGCUGCUGUCUCACCCACCUGGCGUGGGUAGGGGUGGCCCGCCUCACUCGUUCGCGGCCUGCCCCGGGUCGCCAACGAGCGACGCCACUCACCUGGCAUCGGCGCCGCCCCCGCACGCUGUUGCGGAGGCCACGCAGCUGCCGUCUCACCCACCUGGCGCUGGUGGGGGCGGCCUGCCUCACAUGUUCGCGGCCUGCCCCAGUUCGCAGGCGAGCGAUGCCGCCCACCUGGCAUCGGCGCCACCCCCGCACGCUGCUGCAGGGACCACCCAGGGGUGUCAGCCCAGGCUGGGCCGAGUGGGGCCCGAGGCUGUUGCGCUGAUCCGCAUCCCUGUGGAGCUGAACGGCCAGCUCAUCAACGCGCUGGUGGACACCGCGGCCAUGCAUACCUACAUCGCUGCCCACCUCAUCCCUGAGGCGGACCUGGUGCGGGAGGUCGACAUCGUCUAG